AUGUCAUCGAGAAGAAAAGUUGUGUGCCUUGGAGAUUCGAUCACACAACAAGGGCAUGAUGCUGGAGGAUGGCUUGGCAACUUGCAAAGCAAGUACCAGCGAAGUAUUGACAUUGUCAACCGCGGAUUCAGCGGCUACAACACGACCUGGUUGUUGUCGAUUUUGAACAAGCUUGGUAGAGACUUCGAACACGCCGAUUAUGUCUUCAUCAUGAUGGGUGCCAACGAUGCCGCUACAGACACACAGACAGUAGACAUUCCAUUGUUCAAAGAGAACUUGGAGAAAAUUGCAAACAAGGUGAAACUCGCAGGCGCUAGAAAUGUCGUCCUAAUUGAGACCCCCUGGGUUUCUGCGUCCGAAUGGCUCAAGUUCUGCCAGGAAAAAUACCCCGAUGAAAAUCACAAAGUUUCGAAUAGAAAUUCUGACAGAGCCGCUGAAUAUGCCAAAGCAGUGAAAGAAGUUGCAGAAAAACUAGAAAUCCCACUGAUUCCACUGUACGAAAAAAUGGCUGCUGAAGCUAACCCUGCUGCUCUUUUGUCCGACGGUCUCCAUUUCUCUGCUGCUGGAAACAAGAUCCUUUCCGACCUAGUCGAGCCCUUCCUAGAUCCAAUUGAUGAAACCCAAUGUCCUGAAUGGAGAGAUUUUGUUGUCGCAUGA